CACGGAAGUGCCAACAAGGGAAAGUAACUGAAAGGCUGUGUUAUUGUCAUCUGCUGUAUAUUUUAUAGAUGCAUUUCUGUAAGCAGUAUUUAAAACAGCGAAAUGGUAAGGUUAAAAUCCGUAUUCAGGAUGGCUGUGUCUAGGUUUCACAUUGAUUUGGCGCUGUGUUUUGCGGUUUUAUGUGUUGCCGUCGCCAUCAUCGAACAGAAUCAGGCGAUGCCGCGUCCUCUGCUCGCCGCCGUCGCCGUCUGUUCCUCGGCCGGGAUGGCGUUCAUCUGGAGGGAUAUCAGCUCCAAGAUUAAAAGCGAAAACCGGACUUUAAGCAGUUUACUCAGCCAGUAUGUGGCGGGGAAGGCAAUAGGCUGGCUCGGCAGACGGCAGAGGAAGAAACUGGAAGCCGACACGGUCAAUGUGAAGCGAGUCCAAGAGGAGACUCUGCUGAUGCGCCUGCGCAAACACGCAGACACAUGUUAUGGAAAACAGUAUGACUUCAGUUUAAUUAAAGACUGUCAUGACUUUCGUGCUCGUCACCCUGUCACCACAUAUGAGCACUACAAGGAGCUGAUCAGGCGAAUCGCAGCUGGAGAGGAAAAGGUGAUAAUCGCUGAGAAACCACUGAUCUUGGCCAUGACCUCUGGGACAUCAGGGUCCAGUGCCAUGCUCCUCAGCACUAAGGACACCAAUACUGAGUUCUUCCUACAGGGAGUGACAGUGUGUGUAGAUGCGAUGCAGCAGGCCUUCCCUGCUAGCAACAGCCUCCAACGCACCACCAAGUUCUUCUACACACCUAUUCUCCGCCAAUCAGAGGCCGGCAUUCCUAUUGGACCCAACUCCUCCACACCAGCAUCCUCUCGCCACAUGCUCAACCUGUACACCACCCCAGCACCCGCCUUUGAGGUUAAGAGUGAAAAGGACACUCUGUACUUGCAUCUGCUCUUCGCUCUGAAAGAUCCCACUGUGGGAACGCUGGAGUCCAACUUUGCUUCCACCAUCUUUUAUGCUUUCAGUGCCUUACAGGAGCGCUGGCAGGAGCUUGUGGAGGACAUCGAACAAGGUAAGGUCAGCAGUGCCCUGGAUCUGGACCCCACAGUGAGGGCCAGACUGGAAGCUCUGAUGAAGCCAGAUCCGGAGAGGGCUGCCCAGCUCCGGGUGCACUUCCAGGAUGGCUUCCAGGGGAUCGGAAGGCGCCUUUGGCCCUACCUUCAUCUGGUGCUGGCAGUGGAUUCAGGCUCCAAUCAGAUAUAUGGGGAAAUGCUGAGGGAGAACUACUGUGAAGGAGUACCUUUCUACUCGCCUUUCUACGCUGCUACUGAAGGUCUGAUAGGGGUGAACCUGUGGCCUCUGGAGUCCUCCAGACGCUACCUGCUGUGUCCUCGGUCCAUGUUCUGUGAGUUUGUGCCGGAGAACAGCCUGGACGAGGAGCAGCCUCACACUCUGCUGAUGGAUGAGGUGAAGGAGGGAUGCAGCUAUGAACUCGUCAUCACAAAUGCUUCAGGACUCUUCAGAUAUCGCAUUGGAGAUGUGGUGAAGGUCGUUGGAUUUCGCAAUCAGUGUCCCAUUGUUGAGUUUCAGUACAGACGGGGUCAGAUGCUGAGUGUUCGAGGGGAGAAAAUAUCUGAGCAUUUGUUCCUGGGGGCUUUGAAGAAGGCUGUCGCUCAGUGGCCUGGAGCUCAGCUUGUCGACUAUUGCUGUGCAGAGAGUGGCAUUCUGGGGGAUUCAAUAGGUGGCUCAGAUCCUCAUUACCAGGUCUUUAUAGAGCUUAAGGGGGUGAGGAACCUCACAGAGGAACAGCGAUACAAGUUGGACAUCUGUCUUCAGCAGGACUCGGCUGUCUAUAAGUCGUUCCGUAUCAAGGGCAGCAUUGGACCGAUGAGGGUGCAGCUGGUAGCACAUGGUGCUUUUAAGGAGCUCAGCAAGCAGAUGAUGGCCUCUUCUAACACCUCACCCAACACCUUCAAAAUGCACCGUGUACUGCGCAAGAAAGAAUAUGCUGACUUCCUCCUGCAGAAAACAGUUUCCUGAGAAUUUUCACAGUGAGGAGACAUUAAAAACUGUGAUGAACACAGACUGAAGGAAAUGUCUCACGUUUCACAAUUAACAUUACAUGAACGUGCCUUUGAAAACAACACACAAGUUUUUGUUGUUAUUUUUGACUGUAUUCUAGUCUGGUGCAGUGGUUAGCACUCGUGCCUCACAGCAAGAAGGUCCUGGGUUCGAUUCCAACACCAGUCGAUGGGGGUGGGACCUUU